GGAAAACGGUAAACCGUAAACGGAACGUUCAAUAUUAUAUUAAAAAAAUAGUAAUUUAGUUCAUAUAAUAUUGUAGACCUGUAGUUUUUCUGUGUCGUCCAUGAAAUCUACAGGUAACGGUUCCACUUCCUCUUUUUGUUUGUUCACUUCUCGGCCUUCUCACUGGUAAGUGGUAAACUGGUAACGCAUUUUUAUUUUCGUCCGUCAUUACUCAUUAAACGUUUACGUCUCAACGAUUCACUCAAAAUAAUAUCGUAAGCAAAGCUCAUCUGUCCGCAAUAGUUCGUUUGUAUAAGUUCACCGAUAUACUUCAAAAACUCAACGUCAUGGAGUUCCAAUUUGAUUUGAGCCAUGUCGCCCACGAUCAGAUCAUCAAAAUCGACAACUCAUUGUUGCCAGUUGGCUACCAAAAAGACGAUCCAGAAUUGCAAAUGAUGAUAUCUAAUAUUUUGGAUAAAAUGGGGAUAGCAUCAGGAAUUGCUCAAGAAUUAAAAUCUCCAAUUACUUCAGCUGAAAAACUUAGAAAUUCAGAUCAUAUUCUAUAUUUGAUGACAGAACAAACAUCACCAGGACAUUUUGUUGUGGUUGGUUUGUUAAAAAUGGGAUGGAAAAAGUUGUAUUUGUUUAAUAAAAAAGGUUCGAGAACUGAAGCAAUGGUCUACUGUUUACUUGAUUUUUACAUUCACGAAACCAGACAACGUCAUGGAUAUGGAAUAAAACUAAUGGAUUACAUGUUAAAAGAUAAUCAAAUUCAAGCAAGACAAUUGGCUGUUGAUCAACCUACUAAUAAACUUUUACAAUUUUUAUGGAAAUACUUCAACUUAUCCAAAUUAGUUAAUCAAGGAAACAAUUUUGUAAUUUUUGAAGAAUUUUUUGAAAACCCAUCCGAUAAAGAUUCUGCUAAUGACGAUCGCUCAAGUGGUUAUAAAAGUCAGCCGACAUUUGGACGUCAUGGUGCUGCUAGACAACAAGAUUGCAUGGCAAAUAUACUAUAUGGAGAAAAACCAGUAGAAACACAUAAUGGAAAUGGAAAUGGAAAUAAAGUUGAAUAUCAACAAAGAGAAAAUAAACAGCAUAAUGAGGAACGCCAUGUUGAAAUGCAACARCAUCACUCUAUGGAUGAAGGAGAUGGUCAGAAAUCAAACCAAACCCAUCCAAAAUUAGAUCUCAAGAAUUUUCACACUCAAUUAUGGUAAUCUAUUAAACUUCGCCUUUUCUAACAGGUGGUAGCUUAUUAUUUGUUACAUAUUUAUUACUGUAUUUUAUUAGYAGUUAACAAGAGUUACUCUUGUUAAUUUAUACUAAUCCUAAAUAUGACUGCAAUUAUAAAGUAGAAUUAAACAAGUUUGUAAUAAAUUUGCACUGAUCAAUCUAUGAACUAAUUUUAUAUACAUAACAUUGGGUUCARCCCACUUUAAAAAAAUAAUAACACAAAUACUAUAUCAUUAUUUUCAA